AUGAAUUUUAUAUCUUUUUUUCCCUUUGCUGAUGAAUUUUCUUGCCUUGUAGUUGAAAUUUUAAUUAUAUCAUCUUCAUUAUUGUUUAAAUCAUUUGCCAAAGAUGAUUUAAAAGUAUUGUUAGUGGUUGAAAAGGAUGGUUUAGAAGCAUUAUUGGUGGUUAAGAAGAAGGAUUUAGUAUUAUUAGUAGUUGAAGAAAACUUGGCAGAAUGGCCUUACUUCAGAAAAUUUAAUACAAAUUUAUAUAUUUUAAAGAGAGAUAUUAGUAAAGAUUUGGAAAAUGUUGGUAUAGAUUCUUCUAAAGAAUCAAAUAAUUUAAAAAAUAUUAAUUUAGAUUUUCUAGAAGAAUUUGAUUACAAUCAAGAGAACAAUAACAAUUUUCUUGAAGAAUUUAUUAAUAAUGACUUAUAUUCAGAACACUUGUUAACAAUAUUCUUAGAGCAUUCAAAUAAUUUAUUAGAUAGUCAUUCAGAAAAAAAUUCGGAUAAAUUAGAUGAAUCAGAUGAAUCAGAAGAUAUAGAUAAAUUGGAAUCAGAUAACUCAAAUAAAUCAGAAGAAUCAGAUAAUUUAUUAAAUAAUAAAUUCUUUGAAAAUAUUGUUGACAAGACCUUGGAUUUUGAAAGAUUAUCACAAAAUACAAAUGAAUUUUCACCAUAUUUUGAAAAUUUGACUGCCAUAUUGUUAUUUUGUUAA